AUGGGGAGGGAUGAAAGGAGAAGGCUGAAAAAUGCAAUAAUCAUACAGUCAUAUGUACGGGGAUACAAGGACAGAAAACAGCAGUACACUCUCCAGAGGAGCAAGUUUGACCACUGUGCCUGCUCUCUGCAGUCUGGGGGGGCACUGCCCGCCCCUGAAGGAACCAGUCUCAGCCUCUUAGUACGGCAACUCCUAUUUUUCUAUCGACAGAGUGAAGACUCCAACAGACUGAUAUGGAUGUGUCAGAACCUGGUGAAGUAUCAUGGUCAGUUUGUGAAGCUGCUUUCUGGAGCUGAGAGGCAGACGUGUGUCUUUCAGUUAAAGAGGGUUCUAGGCCUCUGCUGCAGACUCUUGCAGACCUGCAGGUCAGACAGUGUGAAUGUUACUGUUCCCUUGAGAAUGCUGGAGAUAUUUUCUUCAGAGAGAACUUAUUUGCCCGUUCUUCUGGACGCUAGUUGUGUAGCGUCUUUGAUUGAACAAAUUUUGCACUAUAUGGUACACAAAGGAUACUACAGGUCACUGUACGUGUUAGUGAAUUACCGGCUUCCCUCCAGUCUGGAGUACAGCGACGCCCCUCGUGUCCCAUUGGCCAGCACCCUGCUGGACCACACCUUGAAACCCCUGCACUUUACGUACAGCACCUGCUCAGCGCACGCCAGGCAGUAUGUGUUUUCGGCCUUCACGGAGGAGUUCAUUUCGGCUCCCUUCACGGAGCAGGUGUUCCACUUCUUCAUUCCGGCGUUGGCAGACCGCCGCUGCUCCUUCCCCCUGGAGGCCUUCCUGGCCUCGCUGCCGGGGACGGUGGGCACCUCCGCGGGCGCUGCCCAGCGCGCUCCCUGGCUCUUCUACUUCGUGCUGGCACUCGGGGAGACCUGCCUGGAGACUCUGUCGGAGGAAGGGCUGCUGCUGUAUCUGCGGGCGUUGCAGUCUCUGCUCCCCCUGCUCCCCGUGUCAGAGACCUGCAGCAGGCAGGAGGUCACCAGCGACUCUGAGGAUGAGGAGGAGAACAACGUCAAAGCACUUUCCACACCGGAGGACAGCCGGAUAUCGGUGCAGCUGAUCACGGAGGAGUGUCUCCGCAAGCUGGACACCGAGCAGCAGACCAACGCCCUGCUCAACCUGGUGUGGAGGGACUCGGCCAGCGAGGAGAUCUUCACCAUGAUGGCCUCCAUCUGCCACACCCUCAUGGUGCAGCACUGCAUGAUGGUGCCCAAAGUCAGGCUCCUCUACAGUUUGGCGUUCAAUGCAAGAUUUCUGCGCCAUCUCUGGCACCUCAUAACUUCAGUCACGACGAAAAUGAUCACAGGGUCCAUGGUGCCACUGCUGCAGGUGAUCUCCCGCGGGUCUCCCAUGUCCCUGGAGGACUCCAACAGGAUCAUCCCCCUCUUCUACCUGUUCAGCUCCCUGUUCAGCCACUCCCUCAUCUCUGUGCACGACAGCGAGUUCUUCGGCCUGUCGCUGGAAGCCCUGCUUUGCCCUCGCCCAGCUGCAGGACAGAGUCGCUCGUCCAUGAUGCCGUUCACGCUGGCGGAGCUGGUGACCCUGUCGCGGUGUUUGAGGGACGCCUGUCUGGGCAUCAUCAAGCUGGCCUACCCCGAGACCAAGACCGAGCACCGGGAGGAGUACGUGGCCGCCUUCAGGAGCGUGGGCGUCAAGACCAACAGCCAGAUGCAGCAGCGCAUUCAGGCCGAGCAGAAACGUUGGGUCCAGCUCUUUAAGGUCAUCACUAACCUGGUCAAGAUGAUUAAAGCCAGAGAUAUACGCCAGCCCUUCUGCCCGCCCGGGCACUGGCUCUCUGGAGAGGUCAACAUCCGCGCAGAUAAGGUGACCCAGCUGUACGUCCCUUCAGCCCGGCACAUGUGGAGGACCCGCAGAAUGGGCCGGAUCGGGCCCCUGCAGUCCACCCUGGACGUUGGAAUGGAGCCGGCUCAGCUGACCGUGCCUGAGGAGAGACAUCUGGCCAUCCUUACGGAGCUCCCCUUCGUCGUCCCCUUCGAAGAGCGAGUCAAAAUCUUCCAGCGAUUGAUAUAUGCAGACAAAAGAGACGUCCAAGGUGACGGUCCGUUUUUAGACGGAAUCAACGUCACCAUUCGCCGAAACUACAUUUAUGAAGAUGCCUACGACAAGCUGUCUCCGGAGAACGAGCCCGAUCUGAAGAAGAGGAUCCGGGUGCACCUGCUGAACGCCCACGGGCUGGACGAGGCCGGGAUCGACGGCGGCGGAAUAUUCCGGGAGUUCCUCAACGAGCUGCUCAAAUCGGGCUUCAACCCCAAUCAGGGCUUCUUCAAGACCACCAACGAGGGGCUGCUGUACCCCAGCCCCACCGCGCAGAUGCUGGUGGGGGACUCCUUCGCCCGCCACUACUACUUCCUGGGGAGGAUUUUAGGGAAGGCUCUGUAUGAGAACAUGCUGGUGGAGCUGCCCUUCGCCACCUUCUUCCUGUCCAAGCUGCUGGGCACCAGCGCUGACGUGGACAUCCACCACCUGGCCUCGCUGGACCCCGAGAUGUACCGGAACCUUCUGUUCCUCAAGAGCUACGAGGACGACGUGGAGGAUCUGGGGCUCAACUUCACCGUGGUCAACAACGACCUGGGGGAGGCACAGGUGGUGGAGCUGAAGCCCGGCGGGAAAGACAUUCCGGUCUCCACGGUGAACAGGAUCUCCUACAUCCACCGGGUGGCCGACUACAGGCUGAACAAGCAGAUCCGGCCCCACUGCCUGGCCUUCCGCAAGGGCCUGGCCAACGUGGUGAACCUGGAGUGGCUGCGCAUGUUCGACCAGCAGGAGAUCCAGGUUCUUAUUUCUGGCGCUCAUGUUCCUAUCUGCCUUGAUGACCUGAAGAAGUUCACAAACUAUUCUGGGGGCUACUCUGCCAAUCACCCGGUCAUCAAAACCUUCUGGGAGGUGGUGGAGAACUUCACAGACGACGAGAAACGCAAGCUCCUCAAGUUCGUCACCAGCUGCUCCAGGCCCCCGCUGCUGGGGUUCAAGGAGCUGUACCCAGCGUUCUGCAUCCACAACGGGGGGAGUGACCUGGAGAGGCUGCCCACUGCCAGCACCUGCAUGAACCUGCUGAAGCUCCCGGAGUUCGGUGACGACCAGCUGAUGAAGAACAAGCUCCUGUACGCCAUCGAGUCGUCGGCAGGGUUCGAGCUGAGCUGAGGGGCCCCGGGGCCCGCUGAGGGACAGACAAGACAGCACUGUGUGUGGAGAAAGCUAGUGUACGCAUAUAUGCACACACAUACAGACACACACGCACAAGCACAGGCUUGCCCGUUCACAAACAUACCAGCUCACACAUUCUCAUACACACAAAUGCAGGUAUACUCAGGCUUAAAGUUCAUGUACAUGCACACAUACACACACACACACACACACACACACACACACACACACACACAAUAGCGCCGGAUUCUAAAAUGAAUUAUAGGGGGAAAGAACGAAUUUGGUGAAAUAACGGCCGUGCAGCGGGUGGGCUUCAGUUUUUAAUUUCAGUUUUAAACGACUUUACUUAAUGUAUCCAAUAAAAAAAACCCAGAAGGUGCUUUUAGAAGCGUCUCCUAACUGUCUGGGCUGAGAGCGCCCGCAGUGGCAUUCUGCAGCGGCACACACACUAAGAAACCCCCGUGUUCACCAAAGAUUCAGCUGUGAUGUGGAGACACAGGCAAUAAGAGAGCGGAGCGGGAGUGCGGGAGUCCUGGAUGAACGGAAGACCCGAUAUCUUCCAGGCGCCAGCGCUCCGUGGAUCCAUCAUUGUGACGAGAUGCCCCCCCUCCCCACUGGAAUUAUUUAGAAUAAUCUCAUUUUGUGAUUUACGUUUUUACAUUAACCUCAUAUAAUGCAGUAUUUGCCCUGCCUGUUGUGUGGGUUUUCCUUAUCGAGAUAUGACCAGAGAUAGCCGUCUGAUGAUGAAUAUGUGUAUGUAUACACUAUUUUACGCUCAUUUACCAUACAUCUGUAUAGUUUCCUCGCCCCCUUCCUUUAUGUUGUGUUUUGGACCGAGCCUUUACCUUUUAAAGCUCUCCGCAUAUUAAAGUGAACAAUCUAUGUGCCCGAUCUUGCUUUGUAAUUGAAGGUUUCCAAUCCUUAUGACUGAGGGGUGGGGACCAGACGAAAUCUAUGUAUCAACAGAGUGAGGAGAAAAAUGUCUGAAUAUGAUUAAAUGUUUUUGCAUUCAGA